UCCCAAUUGUGAUACAGAUGCGGUACCCUAUUCUAUGGAGAUGCAUUGAGCCAUCUCGAAAUUCCAUACUAUAAUCUACUUUCAAGUAAGAAAAUUGAAGGCAUCGUAAGAACAUGCCCAAACAUAAUUCAUUUGAAUUUCGAAAAUUGUGUGGGUUUUAGUAAUAGAGCAUUAAAUCAGCUUAAAGCAUAUCCCAAUGUGAGAUAUCUCAAUUUAUGUAGUAGUGGUAUUAUGGGUGAUAAAGCUUUAUGUGGAAUGGUGGAAUCAUGUCGUAAAAUAGAAUAUCUAAAUAUUUCUUUCUGUCAAGGCAUUACUGAUAGAUCUUUAAUCAAAAUUGCGGACAGUUGUCAAGCUUUACAAAAGUUUCAUUUUGCUUGUGCGCAUUUGAUUUCUGAAAGAUUUAUAAGUUACAUCUUAAACUCAUGCCCAAAUUUACUAAGAUUCAGUAUUCCGGGUAGCUGUCGAAGAAAAAAUAGAUGUGAUAUAUUAGUAGAAAAACUUCUUACUAUAGAGAAAUACCUUAAUGUAGAGAAACAUCUUAGUGUAGAGUAUCUUGAUUUUGGUAGGUGUGUUUACAUCGCUGAGACUUCAAUUUGCAAUGCCAUUCAUUCCUGUCCAAAUCUCCAACAUCUCAACCUUAGUUUUUGUGGAAUUACUGAUAAAACUAUCGAAGAAAUUGCUAGAUCAUGUUAUAUUUUAAAAUAUCUUAAUUUAAGGGGGUGUUAUAAAAUUAGCAAAGGAGUCGUAAAUAAGCUAAAUCCAAAUAUCCACAUAGAGAAUUUCGAGGAAACUUUAUCACAUCCCGAUCUCAUUAGAGCAGUUAGAAAUCAUCUUAUACAGAAUAAUGUUUUUAAUAGAUAAAUUUUAGCUCAGGGUCUUCAGCGCCUCUUAGAUUUAAGUAUGCGAGAUAAUUUGCAGUGGUAUUCCGAUCCA